AUGGCGUGGGUACCAUCCGAGUCUGCAGUGGAAGAGUUGAUGCCCCGGCUAUUGCCAGUGGAGCCCUGCGACUUGGCGGAAGGUUUCCACCCCUCGGUACCUCCGAGGAAGCCUCAGGAAUACCUGAGGCGUGUUCAGAUCGAAGCUGCUCAGUGUCCAGAUGUUGUGGUAGCUCAAAUUGACCCAAAGAAGUUGAAAAGAAAGCAAAGUGUGAAUGUUUCUCUUUCAGGAUGCCAACCUGCCCCUGAAGGUUAUUCCCCAACACUUAAGUGGCAACAGCAACAAGUAGCACAGUUUUCAACUGUUCGACAGAGUGUGAACAAACAUAGAAGUCACUGGAAAUCACAACAGUUAGACAGUAAUGUGACUAUGAUUGGUUUUCCUCCAUUGCUUAGUAUUGUUAGCAGAAUGAAUCAGGCAACAGUAACUAGUGUCUUGGAAUAUCUGAGUAACUGGUUUGGAGAAAGAGACUUUGCUCCAGAAUUGGGAAGAUGGCUUUAUGCCUUGUUGGCUUGCCUUGAAAAACCUUUAUUACCUGAGGCUCAUUCACUGAUUCGGCAGCUUGCAAGAAGGUGCUCUGAAGUGAGACUCUUAGUGGACAGUAAAGAUGACAAAAGAGUUCCUGCCUUGAAUUUAUUAAUCUGCUUGGUUAGCAGGUAUUUUGACCAACGUGAUUUAGCUGAUGAGCCAUCUUGAUGUAGCUGAUUUCUGAGGGAUAGAAGCUAUUUCUGCUGAAGGCAGCCUAAGUCUGAUGAAGUACAAUGCCAAUUCAAGUACAGGCUGUUAUCACUUCUUCAAAACUGUGUGAAAGGUCUUCAUUUUAACCUGUGCAACUCAAAUUGAUAAACAGAAUAUAGACUGAAUUGAUUUUCUGAAAUAUCUUUGGAAAAUCCCACUUGGUGUUUGAUGAACAAUUUGAAUAGUUUUCUGCAGUCACAUGAUUUAAAAUAAAUUGAGUGCCAGUUAUUGGUGAAGAUGCCUGUAUAGAAACUGUGUGAUGAAAUUUUAUAAAGGUCCCCGGUGCUAUUUCAUUGUUUGUUACAUGUCUUCAUAUAAAUUUUGUUGAAAAUGUG